UUAUUGUGAAAAAAACUGCUUAAAAUAGAAAAUUGUGAUGUCACAGGCGAAAACAAGUUUUGGACAAAUUGUGAUUGGGCCACCAGGAAGUGGCAAGACAACAUAUUGUCAUGGAAUGCAGCAGUUCCUUGGUGCAUUGAAACGCCCAUGUUGUAUUGUAAACCUUGAUCCAGCAAAUGAGAAUAUUCCUUAUCAAUGUGAUAUUAAUAUUGAAGAAUUAAUUACAUUAGAGGAUGUAAUGGAAAAUUUACAACUCGGACCAAAUGGUGGACUUCUCUAUUGUAUGGAAUAUCUUGAAGCUAAUAUGGACUGGCUCAUUGAAAAAUUAAAACAGCAUUCUGGAAAAUAUAUUGUGUUUGACUGUCCUGGGCAGGUCGAGUUAUAUACACAUCAUUCAUCAUUGAGAAAUGUGAUUGAAAAACUAACCAGCAAAGAACAAGAUCUUCGUCUCACUGCCAUUCACUUAGUAGAUUCUCAUUAUUGUUCUGAUGGAAGCAAAUUUAUAUCUGUUUUAUUGACUUCAUUAGCUACUAUGCUACAUAUCAACCUUCCACAUAUCAAUGUUCUAUCAAAGAUGGAUGUUGCAGAACAAUACGGAAAAUUUGCAUUCCACUUGGAUUAUUACACGGAAGUUCUUGAUCUUGAAAAAUUAUUGUCAGUUGAGAGUGAUGAUCCAUUUUGGAAGAAACACAAGAAACUGAAUGAAAAAUUAAUUGGAGUUGUUGAAGAUUACAGUCUUGUUAGUUUUGUGCCCUUGAAUGUCCAAGACAAAGAAAGUAUGUUGAACGUCAUCCGACAAGCAGAUAAAGCAAACGGAUAUUGUUUUGGGACAGUUGAAGAAAGAAAUAUUCAAAAAUUGCUCUCUACUGCUGUUGGUGCUGAGUUUGAAUUCUUUAAAUCUGCAUCUACACAUGAGAAAUACCUAAACUCUGAUAAGGGAUGAAAUGGUGGUCUUUGUCUGAUGCAUAAUAUAUACCAGGGGUGGCCAACCUACUUUCGUCCACGAUCAACUAAAAUCUUCAAAAUAGCUUGCGAUCGACUGAUUGGUAAUAAGUUCAUAUACAAAAACGAAUGGGUACUGAUUAUGCAUAGAUUAUGCAAACACGCUACGCAUACAAAAAAAUACAGCACUGCCAAUAAGCUCAGCUCUGUGGGCACAUUCACAAUUAAAACGCCACAAAAAUUUGUAUUGUUCAUGUUCCAUUUCAUUUGUUAAUUUGAUUAUGUAAUAGUAGCCGGAGUAAAUGUUUCAUCAUUCAUUUAUUCAAAUCAUACAAUUCAGACCUAACACAUGCCUAUUUUUAGCCCGGAGUGUCGUAAAUUUCUCAAAAAACCUUGCCAAGUAUUAGCGUACUAUACAAAUAAAGAAAAAUAAAUUUUCGAAAACCAUCAAUGAAACACUACUGCUCGAUUUUCAGCAUCUAAAUUACAAUAAUUCAACUCACUGCACAUUUAUCAACUAAAACACACAAUAUUCGGCAAGUUCAAUUUAAACUUGGUAGCGGCGAAACUUGCAUUUUUACGUAAUAACAUGUAAAUGGGGCUUGUCCAGACUCAAAUACUGUACGUCUAUUUUUACACAUGUACAGUACUGUAUUCGUUGUUUUAAAACACACAACAGGCGCUGCAUGAAACUGCUUCAGGAAAUUUUGGGGGUAUGUUGUUAAAUUUACCAACAAUAGACGCGAUUGACCACUCGAAACGUGAAGAUCGACCGGUCGAUCGUGAUCGACGUGUUGGCCACCCCUGAUAUAUACUAUCAAAGGAGACUACCAACUGUGGUCUCAGUGCAAAUGAAAUUUCUUGUUUGAAAAUCAAAGAGUACUUUGUGUGUUAUGGAAACUGGAUUAUAUUUCUAAUUGUGAUUAUUUCUCAUGUACUAUGGUUGUGAUUUGUUUCAGAAUUGUGGAUUAAUAAAAGUAUGUGAAGAAAUAA